AACUAUACCAAUUAUCUCAACAAUCAACAAAAAAUCAAUGGCGAGAAAGAAAGAAGAAGAGGAAGAAGACGAGCCCAUGAGCCCGACGGGGCGAAUGAUGCAAACCCCCAAAUUCAAUGUCUGCAUAGUAAUAUUCUUGGGAUUUUACACAAAAAUCGAUCCCAUUUUAUUCAAGAAAGGCGUGCAACAAGCUCUGGUUAAGCACCCUCGCUUCUGCAGCAUCCUCGUGACGAGCAGGGGCAGGUACACGUGGAGGCGGACAGCAGUGGACAUCGACAAACACCUCUUCGUCCCGGAUGUGAGCGCGGCCGCGGAAUCUCCGGACGAGUUCGUGUCAGAGUACGCGUCGAGGCUGUCGGAGAUUCCGUUGGACGCGGCAGCGAAGCCGCUGUGGGAGUUCCACAUUCUGAACGUGAAGACGUCGGAGGCGGAGGCGGUGGUGUUGAUGAAGGUCCACCACUCCUUAGGCGACGGCGUCUCGCUCAUUGCGCUCACGCACGCCUGCUCCAGGAAGCUCGAUGAUCCCGCCGCCUUGCCUGUGCUUCCGCUGCCGUCCAAGAAGCGGCAGGAAGGCGGCGGCGGGAGAGGGCUGCUGAAAUUCCUUUGGAUGAUGAUUUUGAUUUUGUUCUACACUUUGGUGGAUGCGGCGGAGUUUGUUGCGACGUUGCUGUUUCACAGUGACGUGCAGACUCCGGUGAGAGCUGGCCGAGGCGUUAGGCUCUCCCGGAAGAGAUUCGUGCAUAGGAUCGUUAGUCUCGACGACGUUAAGUUCAUCAAAAACGCCAUGAACGUGAGCGUUAAUGAUGUGGUCCUCGGAGUCACAGAGGCAGGCCUCAGUCGUUAUCUCAACUCAAUAUACGUGAAAAAUAAAGAAAAUGUGGCAGAAAACAAGGAGAAGAACAGUAAUUCUGUACCACAAAAUCUGGGCAUGCGAUCAACUGUUAUCUUUAAUCUCAGGCCAUCUCCAACAAUUGAGGAUAUGGCAAGGAUGUUGGAGAAACAGGAGGUGAAUGGAAUGUUGGGCAACAAAAUAGCAAUGGUUCUUCUUCCAUUCACCAUAGCUCUGCAAGAUGACCCAUUGACAUACAUCCGUAGGGCAAAAUCCACCAUGGAUAGAAAGAAAUUGUCACUCGCUCACCAAGGCGCCUACAUCACCAUGAAGCUAAUUAGCUCGUUGUUCGGAACCAAGGCAGCGGCACGUUUGACUCGGGCUGUUUUCCGAAACACAACAUUUACUUUCUCUAAUGUGAUGGGUCCCACUGAGGAGGUCAAUUUAUUUGGACAUCAUUUACGCUACAUUGCGCCUUCUGUUUGCGGAUUUCCUCAAUCGUUCAUUAUCCAUUACCAAAGUUAUAGUAAUAAGAUAAUAAUUUCGAUCGGCGCUGAUGAAAAAUUGAUCCCAAAUCCUGAUCAACUCUGCGAUGAUUUAGUCAAGUCUCUUCAAAACAUUAAGGAAGCUGUCAAAGAAAAGGUUCUCGCAUCAGCUUCUCUCGAUUACUGCUGAUAGAUGACGUUCCAUUUGAUGUGUUUAAUAAUAUUGAAUUAAAUGAAUAUUGUUUGAUUUGCAUCAACUUCUCUAGAUUACUACCUGUAGAUGAUGUUCCAUUUGAUGUAUUGAAUAAUAUUGAAUUUAAUGAAUAUUGUUUGAUUUGCGUCAA